AGUUGUAGUUCUGUUAUCGUCACUGGGAGGCUUGCGCUAGGACUACAACUACCAACAUGCAUCGCGAGGCGACUCUAAAUGUCGACAAUUUAGCUAUUUUUUAAAUUGUUAAUUUUACAGAUAUCUUUAACGUGGUUUAACAUAGGGCGGGCAGGCGGCUUUUUAAAAAAAAUGUCUAGUUUUUGAUUGAAUUGUGUUCCGUUUCGUGUUGUGUUUGUGUUUCCUGGUUUGUGGGGUCGCGAAGCCCAGCUGGCUGGAUUGCAAGAGGGAGAGACAUUCGUGCAAACCCGGAGAAAACAGCCUCUGGAUCACAAUUAUACCAAUUAAAUAAACACGGGCAUUGCCCGGGAUUAAAUCGAGAGGGUCUGUUAAAACGAAUUAAAAUGGCAGACCCGAAGGGAUCUAAAUAUACAUAAAUAUAUAUAUAUAUAUAUAUCUUCAAUCAGACUGGGGCUGCGCCAGUUUGCAAACCUGGCAGUGUUGUCAAAUUUAUUUAUUCAUUUCUUAGUUAGAAAAAAAAGAAAUCUGAGGACGGAACAAUCAUUUUCAAGUAUUACACUUUUUUUUUAAAGAAAGCAAAUCAGGGAUCGGAUUUUAUUUUUUAACAUCAAUGCAAUCGUUUCAAUCAUAGCUGUAGUACCUAUAUUUUUGUUGAAAAUACUACUUUGCAGAAACGCGAUUAAAAAAAAAAUAGGUUGCCUUUGAUUUGUCUAGUGUACACAAAGUGAAGCCCCAAAAUAUUUAACCCGUAUAGCAAUUGGAUUUAACGUUGUGGGUUAACGCUUCAGUUUUUGAGUAAAUACAAUCUGUCUUAAAAAUUACGGGACGUUUAACCCUACCUCGCUCCAUUCUGGGACAGUAAUAAUAUAGUAUAUAUAUAUUAUUAAAAUAUUUUUGGACCUGAAACUAAACCAAGCGUUCGAGGAGGAGUCUUGUGUAUUAUUAUUAUUAUUAUUAUUAUUAUUAUUAUUAUUAUUAUUUCGUUUUAUCUUUGACGUUUUUAAUUGAAGUCCUUGGUUUUUGUGAUCGCUCCGGAGAGAUGAAGAAGUUUUUCGAUUCACGCCGAGAGUUGGUAGGGUCGGGCCCCGGCUCCGGAGCUGGCGGCGGGGGAGGCAGCGGUUCAAGCUCCGGGGGCAGUUACAUCGGAAGAGUGUUCGCCGUCGGACGGCUUCAGGUCACUGUGGAAGAAACCCUGGCUGAAGGUGGAUUUGCCAUCGUGUUCCUCGUGCGAACUCACCAGGGCGUGCGCUGUGCCCUGAAGAGGAUGUACGUGAACAACGAACACGACCUGCAAGUGUGCAAGCAGGAGAUUCAGAUCAUGAGGGAUCUUGUGGGCCAUCGGAACAUCGUGGGCUUCCUGGACUCCAGCGUCACGCCGGUGGGAGCGGGGGACGUGUGGGAGGUGCUCAUCGUCAUGGAUUACUGCAGGGGGGGUCAGGUUGUAAACCUGAUGAACCAGCGUCUCCAGACUGGCUUCACAGAGACGGAGGUGCUGCAGAUUUUCUGUGAUACGUGUGAGGCCGUGGCGCGGCUCCACCAGUGCAAGACUCCCAUCAUCCACCGUGACCUCAAGGUAGAAAACAUCCUGCUCCAUGACCGGGGUCAUUAUGUUCUGUGUGAUUUCGGCAGCGCCACCAACAAAUACCAGAACCCACAAAGUGAGGGGGUGACGACGGUGGAGGACGAGAUCAAGAAGUACACCACCCUGUCUUACCGCGCUCCCGAGAUGGUGAACCUGUACAGCGGGCACAUCAUCACUACCAAGGCAGAUAUCUGGGCGAUGGGCUGCCUCCUCUACAAGCUCUGCUUCUUCACCCUGCCCUUCGGGGAAAGCCAGGUGGCCAUCUGUGACGGCAGCUUCACCAUCCCCGACAACUCUCGCUACUCCCCCGACAUGCACUGCCUGAUCCGUUACAUGCUGGAGCCUGAUCCUGACCAGCGCCCUGAUAUCUACCAGGUCUCGUACUUCGCCUUCAAGCUGGCCAGGAAGGAAUGCUCCGUGCAGAACGUGCAGAACUCUCCAAUCCCAGCCAAGCUUCCUGAACCGGUCCGAGCCAGCGAGGCUGUAGCUAAGAAGAGCCAGACCAAAGCCAGGCUGACGGACCCCAUCCCCACCACUGAGACCUCCAUUGCCCCCCGGCAGCGUCCCAAAGCCGGGCAGACUCAGCCAAACGCAGUCGGCAUCCUGCCCAUCCAGCCAGCCCUCACCCCCCGCAAGAGAGCCAACGCUCCCCUGGUGCCCGCCCAGCAACAAGGUGUUACUCUGGCCGCUGCCCAGCCCGCCCCUGCUCCAGCUGUCCAAUCACAGAAGGCUCAAGCUCCCCAGGCUCCCACCCCCCAGCAGCAAGCCACACCCACCCAGACCCAGGCUCCUCCCACCCAGCCGCAAACCACGCCCUCUCAGUCUCAGGCCCCUCCCGCUCACCCCCAAGCCAUGCCUCAGCACCAGCAGCUCUUCCUGAAGCAGCAACAGGCAGCGUUCUUCAGUCAGCAGCAGCAACAGCAGGCUAUUCAGACACAGCAGCAGUACCAAGUCCUGCAGCAGGCGGCAGCCCAGCAGCAAAUGAUGCAGCAGCAGAUGAUGCAGAACUUCUACCUGCAACAGCAGCAGCAGGCGCAACUAAUGGCACAGCAGGCAGCCAUGCAGCAGAAGGCUGCAGCAGUGGUGCAGUUAAAGCAGCAGCAACAGCAGCCUCCUCCUCAACAGGCAACGCAGCAAGCAGCACCCGCGCAGCUCCCCAUGCAACAGCAGCAGCAGUCUCAAGCUGCCAUGCAGCACAAGCAGCUGUCCCCACCGCAGCAAACACAGCCCGCUGCAGUGCCAGAGGAGACGGUGUUGCCCCAAGGCAGGGCUCGCCCAGUGCAGAAAGUGGGGUCCCUCACCCCCCCCUCCUCCCCCAAGACCCAGCGGGGGGGUCACCGGCGCAUCGUGAGUGAUGUCACACACAGCGCGGUGUUCGGCGUGCCGGUCAGCAAGUCCACACAGCUGCUGCAGGCUGCCGCGGCCGAGGCCGGACUCAACAAGUCUAAGUCUGCCAGCACCACUCCCUCUGGCUCUCCCCACUCCUCCCAGCAGAGUGUGUACCAGCCCCCCCCAGCCGCGGACCCCCCCUCCGCGCUGAGCACCCCCCCUGAAUCCUCGUCCUGGAACCCCUUUGGCAACGACAACUUCUCCAAACUCACCGCGGAGGAGCUUCUCAACAAGGACUUCGGCAAGCUCAGUGACAGCAAGGCUGCGGAGAGGCUCAGCACCUCCACUGAGAAUCUGAUCCCAGGCCUGCAGCCAGCCCCCACCCCGCCUGCCAACAACUUCGGGGCAAAGCCCUUCCCUCCCGGGGCAGGGGAGAGAUCUGGUGAUAUUCUUGGUUUGGAUUCCUGCCCUCCCCCUUCUCUGCUGGGUGUUCCAGACCCCUUCACCCCUCUGCCUCUCUGUGACACUCCAGAAAAGCUGAUUGAGGGACUCAAAUCCCCCGAGCCUCCCUUGCUGCUCCCUGACCUUUUACCUCUGGCUGACCCCUUCAGCAGCUCCACAGAGGGCUCCUACAACGGUAAAGUGGAUGCCAUGGUGGACUCUUUGAUUCCUGGUCUGGAAGCCCCCCAGGCUCAGAGGCUCCUCUCCCAGACUGACUCGCUCUCCUCCCCCCUCACAGAUUCUCUGACUGGGGAGGACUCUCUGCUGGGCUGCUCUCUGCUUCCUCACCCCCCAGUUGCUCCCUCCGCUGCCCCUGGCUCUAGCGCCCCCGCCCCUGCCCCUGCCCCUAUUCAAGCCCCUGGCUCCAGCUCUGGCCUUGGCCUCGGCCUGGAUGAAUUCGCAUCCGUGUCUCUCUCUGCUCCGCUUCAGUCUGACUCCACGAACCUGAUUUCAGGGUUUGAGCUUCUUCCUGAAAGCUCUGGGAUAGUGAAGGAGGAUGAGUUUGAUCCCAUCCCAGUGCUCAUCUCUAAAAACUCCUCCCAAGGUGGUCAUUCGCGCAACAGCAGCGGCAGCUCGGAGUCCAGCCUGCCAACCCUGGCGUGCUCUCUGCUCCUCGUGGACCAGCUGAUCGACCUGUAAGGGGGGGAGGGUGGAGGAGGGUGACUCGUCUCUCCUCCGCCUCCUCCUCCUCCUCCUCAUCCCUGCGGAGUCCGCUCUUCUUCUUCCUCUUCCUCUUCUCGGCACGCCAGGACUCCCUCCCGCUGACUCUCCGCAUGGCCUGCACAGAUCCCCUUGUCUCCGCACCCGGAACCGUUGAGACCCAAAUGAUCAGGAACGCGACGGCAAUCCGAGCGGUCUAAAGAAGGAUCGCUGUGAUUCGCUCCCCACCCUACCCCCCCCCCCCCCUCUGUCUCUAUCGCCAAGGAUAAUAAAUUCAUCUGCAAGCGUUUCCGCUAGACUACCAGUAGAGACGCUUGUCGUUUUGAAUUCAUCACAUUUAUUUCUAAGGAGAGAUGCUGAUUCCUCAAUUCUCCUCCUGGUCAUGUCAGUUGUAUCAUUUAGGGGAGUUCUGAAACCCAGUACUAGUUUGUAACCCUGGUCUCUCUUGGAGUCUAGUGGGUCCUCACACUCAUAUGAACCAUCCACUCACCUUGUCUGCCUCUCCUUUGUUAACUGCAGUGAGCCUGGUUUUAGCCUUGACUGAACACAAGUGGUUCUACCUUGACUUUGGGGAGCCCCGGGAGGGGGCUAGAGUCCGUUCUGGUCAGAUCUGUAGCAAUCUCAUGAAGUUCUGUUGACAUCUUACUCCUAAAUCUGUGAGCAUCUCCCGCUGUACCAUUCCCAGUUUCCUGUUCUGUUGUGGCUUCUCUGUUAGUCUUACUGUUCUCGCCUUGAUGGCAGUCUUCUAGGGCAGUGGCCCUCAUCGGCCAAUCACCUGACCACAAGCUUCUAAUUUGGUCUGUUUAAAAAAAAUAAUCUGUUUCCAUUGGCUAGCUGACACUCUGAGUCAAGCCAAUACGAAAGUCGAGUAAGCAGAUGUUUUGGCCAAUGAAUUUAGUUUAAUGCAAGUCUUGUUUCACCAGUGAAGGCAUUUUCCAAAGCAUUUGUCUACUUGAGUUUUGUAGGGAUGGAAGAACUGGUCAGAACAUGGCAAGUUACAGUAGCUGCUCAAUGGAAAAGCAUUGCCCUACAAUUGUCAAGGCUUGGUGUUUCCUGAUCUGGUGGGGACUACAUUACCCACAUCCCCCCCACUAGUCCCUUACCAUUCCUACAAUACCCACAUUCCCUUUCUCUCACAUUCCCACAUUACCCAUAACCCUCUCUGCCCAUUCCACCAUAUACAUUUUCCCGUUCUCUCUCUCUCUCUCUCUCUCCCCAAAUCGCCAGUGCAUCAUUCUCUCGUUGUUUCAUUUUGUGUUUCUAAACCAAACAAUUGCUUGAAACAAAACCAAAACCCAUAGUGGUGUUCAUGUUGUCCGUUUUUGCUUUUGACAUGUCCAGUCGGAGAGAUGCACGUGAACAAGCUUGUGUAAUCUUGCAGCGGUAAACGAUCUCUGUGCUGCGGGGCUUGUACUCUGAAGCAAAGCAGCUUCUGUGAGCAUGGGGGGGGGUCUAAACACGACAAUCUGUGUGCUUAAUGGAUCACUCAAAAAAAACUAUAAAAUAUCCCUCAACAAGUUACAUUUUCAAUCCACGUAUUCUUAGCUUUGUAGGUUCUGCUUUGCGGAGUCACAAACACAGAGACUGGUCCAGUCUAGUUAAUGACCGGUUCCUGUAGACAGUAAGGUGUGUGUGUGCGGUAUCAGCUGGUAUUAAAUAAACCCAUUCCUUUGUUGAUAUUUCAAAACAAGACAAGCCGCCCUUUCCUUUACAAUUGGGUACCAGUCGAUUGACGAUUUAACUUUCACGCUGAGUGUUAAGACGAUUUUGGAAGCAAGGUUUCCUCGUCUGCGGCAAUGACAUUUUUACUGCUGUAUCAAGGCAAGGAAAAUUGGCUUCCGUUCGGGUGAGGGAAGGACUGCUUUCUCGUUCUGAAAUCAGCACCUUAAUAAGUGAUUUGUUGAAUAGCUGUUCUGCUUUAGCAUUGAUAAGGGGCACAAUAAGCACGCAAGGUGGCAGUAUUCAGUGAAGUCCGAAGGGAUGCGCAGACGACACUUUCAAAGGGAAAGAAAGGUGUCUCAAGUACUGGGUCGGUUCUGUUGUCCUGUACGGGUCGGACCGGGCUAGACCCAGUCCUGUGAUGGUAACAUUCCUUCAUGUUUAAUAUUUUAUUCUUUUUAAUAAGCGGACAGAAAGCACUUCAUCCCAAAAGCAGUCCUUUACCCUUGGUGUAUAAAUCAACGAUCCAGACUCCUGUUUUCCUUUUCAAAAUAAAUACAUACGUAAAUACUAAAUAACUGAAUGAAUAAAUAAAUAAAUGAAAAAUAAAUAACUAAAUAGUGUUAAGAAACUUUCAGCUCUCACAGUAAGAAUAAAUGUGAAUAUAUAGAUAGAAUGAAUGUAAGAAGUGAGUAUCAAUAUAUAUUAUAUAUUAUAGAUUUAAGACUUCUUUUUCUGUGACUUCUAGAGUGUAACAAUGGUGUUUUUUUUUUAUGUCGCAUCUGUACCAAGUCUCUCUCUCUCUCUCUCUCUCUCUCUCUCUCUCUCUCUCUCUCUGUUUGGGGGGGGGGGGGCAGUGAUUUUGAAUUUCCAAAUGACUGGCCAGCAUACUGAUGCUUUUGUUUCAACUGCUGUAUAAAAUAUAAUUAUUUCCGAAGUAGGGGAGGGAGCGACCUGGAGUUUUUGAAAACCCAUUUAAUUCCAGACCCAUACAUUUAUUGCAUUCGGUCUCGUUUUCAAACCCGGGUUUCAUGGCAACAAACAUGUUGAGCUUUAAACUUUUAGCUGCUGUGUGUUGCUUUGUACUGUAGGAGGCGCUGUUGAGCUGGGUUGGUUCUGUGCGUUACUGCACAGUACUGACUGGGCUUCUCAAUUUAAGAUUGGUUCACCGCUUUUACAAAAAUCCUUGAAAUGACUUAAUUUCUUUGCAAUUUGAACUCCAAGGCUGUUAAAAUCUAUUUGUAGCUUGGCUUGGUGCUACUUUCAGAUUUUGAGAUGUUUUGGAGAACCGUGAACUCAAAGGAUUGUAAACCAAAUGGACGUGUUUCUGCUUGUGUUUAAUGAUGGACUCAGUGGUUUCCAUCUUUGCAAAACUUUUAAACUUUUAAGAAUCCUUGCAAAUACAAUACAGCUUAACCUAAUCGAGACAAGUCAGGAUGAUUCUGCAAUUGCAGAGCUUGACAGCGCCCCCUACUGCCCUGAGCCAGUGUAUCGCUGUAUUUGAUCUGGUGGUUUUAACAAAUAAAUCUGAUAUUACAGUAAAGGUUCUCCAACAGGGCUGGGUUGAAUGAGAGGUGGUAGCUGGUUUGGUGUGGUUGGAAAGACUCAACCUUGCAGAGCAGUUUUGAGGCAUUGCAGUUAAUUUUAGAUUUGCCUUCUCUUAAACAGAUCUACGCAAAUGAAGCUCACGGCAAAAACCUGGGCUUGUCAAACUGCUUGGCAAUGGGCAUCUUUCUCCGUCUUGGCGUAAAUUAAGUGACUGUAGCCAUUCUCAGGCUCUGGCAUGGUUGCUGCCUCUUCCUGAGCUGUGGGUGGAGGUGUUUCAGGGAGUGUUGUGAGACUGUGGCACACCACCGUAGAUCACUGUACAGUUUAGCACAGCCCAGAUCUAUCCAUCUCCUUGUGUAUCCGGGAGGUGAGCCCCCUUGUGUUCUGCUGUUUUAUUUGCAAGGGGCUCCUGGAAGAGGCUCACUCAGACACGUGACGGUUACAUUGUAAAAGAUCUACAGUCCGUCUCUUAAAGAGCUUUGCAGUAUUUGGAUCUGCUCUGUAACUGUUUGUCGAAGAUCAUUUCUAAAUUCUAACCCCGAGCUUCUGUGUUUCCCCGCAGUCCUGCCUCGUUCUCGUCCUGAAACGCUGCCCGUCCGCAGGGAAACGAUGCUGUUCUCUUUAUGAUUUCAGUGUGUAGAACAGUCGUCCAUGUGCGUCACAGUUUCUGACGCUGCCCCCUUGUGGUGGGGUGAGGAUGAUGACGGGAGUUUUUAUUCCUGAUGUCCUCAAGUCUCGGUCAGAGGGCUUCACUCAGUCUGGGCGUCACUUAUCUGGGGUACCCAGUGUUUUCAAGUACGUUUACACUCUUCUGUAUUUCUGAGAGCCAGCUAAUUCAAUACAGUCUAGUGUAGAGAACUCAGUGCUGUACUGGGGAUCUGAGAGCCAGCUAAUUCAAUACAGUCUAGUGUAGAGAACUCAGUGCUGUACUGGGGAUCUGAGAGCCAGCUAAUUCAAUACAGUCUAGUAUAGAGAACUCGGUGCUGUACUGUGGAUCUGAGAGCCAGCUAAUUCAAUACAGUCUAGUAUAAGGAACUCAGUGCUGUACUGGGGAUCUGAGAGCCAGCUAAUUCAAUACAGUCUAGUGCAGAGAACUCAGUGCUGUACUGUGGAUCUGAGAGCCAGCUAAUUCAAUACAGUUAGUCUGACAGGCAGUUUAUUAAACCUAUAUAAGGAACAUCCAUGGAAAGGGGUUGGUUUUGAUUUCGUUUUUUGUUAACAGGCUGGAGUCCAUGCAGUGUUUUUUAUUUUAAAAUGAAGCGUUUGGGUUGGGUGGGUAUUUUACACGUUACAUUUCAAGCAGACGCAGACUUUAAAUCCAUCAGUUUGAAGGAAGAACCCAGAAUCCAGCCUCUCCCCUUUUUUUAAAAAGCUGCACUACGACUGGCUGCUCCAGAAUCACCCUGAUCCCUGUUAAAAAGAUCAUCUUUUCCUAGCCUUCACUUCACACAUCUGCCCCAGCUGUUACUGCCGAGCGUACCACACCAACUCCAGCAGCCCACUCUCUGCUGCACAGCAGUGCACGGGGAGCACUGUGGUUCUUUGGAAGUAGAUUCAAAUAAUUCAAACACUAUAGCUGAAUGAUCUGUAGUAAUUAAAUGACUAGUGCAUCUGUGACCGUGUUAAAGAACGGCUUAUGGUCUGGAUAGAGGUUAAACGAUUCAGAAUAUGCUGUUAACACCUGUUAAUAUCGACCCCUUUCCUAGAUGGUUUUUGUGUAAAUGUAUAUGCGGCCAGACCUCCAUUAUCAGAACCAAGUGGGACCAGAGGGUGUUUGCAUAAUCGAAUUACAUCUGCAGUGUUUUUAUAAUGACUUUCCCAAUCCAAGAUAACUCCUGAAAAAGAUAUAGUACAAACCCCUUGGCCUUUCUAAAUCUGUAACAUGCAGCACUGCGCUGUGAUGUAGAUACCAGAGAUUGAGGGGGUAAAGGGAUAAAGAAGUCUUGCAAUGUCUCUGCCUCCCUCCCUAUUCUGUCUUGUCAUUCCCUCUUCUCUCAGCUGUACAGUGAGUUUCUAGCAGGUUUCUGUGUGGCUCACCUAUGCAAUCCUAGUGAUUUUUAUUAGACACCAUGCUGUUUGCAGUAGAGGUCUAGCCUUGCUGGUAGAUUUACUUACUCUUGUGUUGCUGUGACAAUGUUACCCAGUGUGUUUAAAAAUCCAGCAGUAACGCCCCUCCCUGGUGUGGAACAAUGUGUAAUUCAAUGUGUACCUUCUCUAUUUUUAUUAAAUGACCAAAAAAGAAAAAAAAAAAACCUUAAAUAAACAUGUACAUGUGAAUGUAAAAGCUGCUGUUGGUUUUGUAUUUUUUUUUUAUUCAGCCUGAGAAGCAUACAAAGUUUGCAAGGGCAGUGUGUCACUUGGAUGUUCUAUACCAUUGGGGGAUGAAGGUGAUGCAUUGCUUAACUGCUGCCCGCUGUUCCUACAGUUCAUGCAAAAACAGUUUUUGUAGGUGUCGGAUACAGCCCAACAGUGCAGUGGCAGCAGGGAUGGAAAUAAGACUCCUGUUGCAUAGCAGUUUCACUGAUUUUUCUCCAGGUUUUACUAUGAGCUUGAUUAGCCAGUGUGUGCUGGUAACGAGCUCCGGUGUGUCUUACAAAACUCCUAGUAAAACCAUGAAUGGAUCAAACGAGAGCAACAGGAGUCUUAUUUCCGUCUCUGUUAGCUUGCUGCCAGGUGUGCUCUGCACUGGACAGGUUGUCCAGCACAAUAGUGACCAAGACACUUUUAUAACAACUUGUCUAUACAUCAGCGCUACAACCACCGCCUAUAAAUCCUCACACACACGCACACACACAGACAGCAGUCUCAUUUUCAAGGUAAACUAUAGCAGGUUGUUCAGGAAAGAUUUUUAUUAAAGCAAUAUGGGGAUGUGGUCAGUAAUCCCAGGUGGAUUAUAGGUUAGAUUGCUUCAGGAUUUAGUUAGUGUUGGGAUUAUUUCGAUGGACCCCCCGCGACCGUCUCCUCUCUUUGGAUCUCUCCCGUGGACCUCUCUGUCUCUCCCAGUCUCACUCUUACUAACUCCUGUCCUGAUCUGCGCUGGCUAACGUCCUCCUCCUUCUCCCUCCUGCUGCUCAGAAGGUAAUGAUCUCUUUCUCUCCGAUGCUGUCUGUCUGUCUGUCUGUCUGUCCGUCUGUCAUCUUUUACUUUUGAAUCUGCAUUUUGAAAUGAUGCUUCGUUUCCACAGGCAAACGGUAGAGUCCUGCACAUCUUGACGAGGCAGAUGUUUCUUAAAGGGAUUCAACUAAUUUGAACGCUAAUACUAGCCAGAGACGAUUUAGGUGUCUCUUGUAUUCUUUACAGAAACUUUAACAUAAGCCCCCCCCUCCCAUUCUCAAUAUUCUGUUCCGUUUACCAGAACCUGUACGAUUUGGAACCUGCAUCGUCCGGAACCUGUUUAUUUAGGUUCCAGAUGCUCUAAAAAUUUACAUUUUCAUGUGAUGGGGUUCUUUUCUGAGCUUAGUAACGAUAUUGAAGUAUAUUUUUCAUGCUUUUUUUUUUUUUAACCUAAAUGUUUUUUUGUUUCGCUCAUGUUAAUGAAUGUUGUUUAGGUAAAUGCACACCAUGUGAUAUAUUUUUGUUUCUUUUAUAGCAGAGAUUUGCUCAUCCUAAAUUUUACCAA